AUGAGGAAUAAGAACAUAGUGCACAUGCUGGUGAAGGCUCUUGAUCGGGACAAUUUUGAGCUGCUUAUUCUAGUUGUGUCAUUCUUGAAGAAACUCAGCAUUUUUAUGGAGAAUAAAAAUGAUAUGGUGGAAAUGGAUAUUGUUGAAAAACUGGUAAAAAUGAUACCUUGUGAGCAUGAAGAUCUGCUGAAUAUCACCCUCCGGCUUUUAUUAAACCUGUCCUUUGACACAGGUCUGAGGAACAAGAUGGUACAAGUUGGACUGCUUCCCAAACUCACUGCACUCUUAGGCAAUGAAAACUACAAACAGAUAGCAAUGUGUGUACUUUACCACAUAAGCAUGGAUGACCGUUUUAAAUCAAUGUUUGCAUAUACUGACUGUAUACCACAGUUAAUGAAGAUGCUCUUUGAAUGUUCAGAUGAACGAAUUGACUUGGAACUGAUUUCUUUCUGCAUUAAUCUUGCUGCUAAUAAAAGGAAUGUACAACUUAUCUGUGAAGGAAAUGGGCUAAAGAUGCUCAUGAAAAGAGCUCUGAAAUUCAAGGACCCGCUGCUAAUGAAAAUGAUUAGAAACAUUUCCCAGCACGACGGACCAACUAAAAACUUAUUUAUUGAUUAUGUUGGGGAUCUUGCAGCCCAGAUCUCCAAUGAUGAAGAGGAGGAGUUUGUGAUUGAGUGUUUGGGAACACUUGCAAACUUGACCAUUCCAGACUUAGACUGGGAAUUGGUGCUGAAGGAGUACAAGCUGGUUCCAUACCUCAAGGAUAAACUGAAACCAGGUACUGCAGAAGAUGACCUUGUUUUGGAAGUGGUGAUAAUGAUUGGAACUGUGUCUAUGGAUGACUCUUGUGCUGCAUUGCUAGCCAAAUCUGGGAUAAUCCCUGCACUCAUUGAACUGCUGAAUGCUCAACAAGAAGAUGAUGAAUUUGUGUGCCAGAUAAUUUAUGUCUUCUAUCAGAUGGUUUUCCACCAAGCCACGAGAGAUGUCAUAAUUAAAGAAACACAGGCUCCAGCCUACCUCAUAGAUCUGAUGCAUGAUAAAAAUAAUGAAAUCCGAAAGGUCUGUGAUAAUACAUUAGAUAUUAUAGCGGAAUAUGAUGAAGAAUGGGCUAAGAAAAUUCAGAGUGAAAAGUUCCGCUGGCAUAACUCUCAGUGGCUGGAAAUGGUAGAGAGUCGUCAGAUGGAUGAGAGUGAGCAAUAUUUGUAUGGUGAUGAUCGAAUUGAACCUUACAUCCAUGAAGGAGAUAUUCUUGAAAGACCUGACCUUUUCUACAGCUCAGAUGGACUGAUUGCCUCUGAAGGAGCCAUAAGUCCAGAUUUCUUCAAUGAUUAUCACCUGCAGAAUGGAGAUGUAGUUGGGCAGCAUUCAUUUCCUGGCAGCCUUGGAAUGGAUGGCUUUGGCCAGCCAGUCGGCAUUCUGGGGCGCCCAGCGACAGCAUACGGAUUCCGCCCUGAUGAACCUUACUACUAUGGCUACGGGUCUCGAUAA